UCAAUUUCCAGAUUUUCUAGGUUGAAUGACACUUUUUUUUUCUAUUUUAGUUAUAAGGAACAGGAAUUUGCGAUGUUUUAUUUCUUUUUUUGACGGUAAUUUCGGUUGUAUAUUAAAUUUGUUUCUCGUCGGCCGUGGGUGAAAUGUUUACUAAUGGAGAAAAAGUAAACAGAAGGACUUUUUAUCAAAAUGCUAAGGGACUGUUUAGUACGAUGGUAAAAGAGUUGAUGCCGAAUUGUGUAAUUGGGAAAAGCUCAAGACUAAAUAGUUUUUAUCCAAACUUUAACCACUAUUAUUUGAAAGAGAAUACAUUAAACCAUCCUUCCUUUCUUGUGCUCUCUAUAGCUAUCUCUCUCUUUCUCUUUCUCUUUCUCUUUCUUUUUUCUUAUUUUUCUUCUCUCUCUCUCUACUCUAUGGAGUUUGAUAGAAAGUUGAGAGAAGAAUUCCCUUACCUUUCAAGCCUUCUUUCUGAAUAUCCUUUGAAACAAGAGGUUAUAGCAAAUGAGUUUUCUCAUGAUACUCCCUUUUCCAAUAAAUUGUUUUAUCACCAAAACCUUGAUGAUCAUCAUCACCAACGUCAGCUCCUACCCAUUAAUAAUUAUGGGUCAUCUUUCAAUUCUCAUCACCUUAAUAAUCUCGAUCUUUUUACCAUUGAAGGGUCCUCAAAGAAUCAGAUUUUUGGGAUUUCAGGGACAUGCAUUGAUCCCCUUGAGGCUGUUGCUAAUGGGCUCUCCUUCUCUGCCACUAAUCAACAUCAUCUUAAUGCUUUUCCAGCAUCAUCAGCUCUUUUGCCUGGAGACGGCGGAAAUAGGCCUUUGCAUGGCUUACAGAGGGGACUUCUUUCUGAGGAUAAUUGUCCGCAGAAAAUGACUGAAGCUCAUAACUCAUUUGAUCAAAACCAGAUGUAUGAAUGCCUGAAUUUUGAGGAUAUGGGAUUGAUAAUGAUGAGUGGUGCCAACAAGGUAACAGCUGAUGAGGUCUCAUGCAUAACUGCCGAUAAUGGGUAUAACAAGAAAGUUGAUCAAAAGAAGGAUAAAAAGUCUCAGGUCAAAAAAGAUGGCAAAGUUCACAAGAAAUCCCAUGUAAUCAAAGGGCAAUGGACACCAGAAGAAGACUGUCUACUAGUGCAGCUGGUGAAAGAGUAUGGAAUAAAGAAGUGGUCAGAAAUUGCUAAGAUGCUGGAAGGAAGAGUAGGGAAACAGUGUAGAGAAAGAUGGCACAACCAUCUGAGGCCAGACAUCAGGAAAGAUGCAUGGGAUGAAGAAGAAGACGAGGUACUGAUCGAAGCGCACAAAGAAAUAGGAAACAGGUGGGCAGAAAUAGCAAAGAGAUUGCCAGGAAGAACAGAAAACACCAUAAAGAAUCACUGGAAUGCAACUAAAAGAAGACAAUUCUCAAGGCGAAAAAGCAAGGACUCAAAUUCAAAAAGUACCCUCCUGCAAAGCUACAUCAAAACUUUAACUUCAUCUCCAUUAUCAUCGUCAACAACAACUACUGGAAAGAAAGCAGAUCAUGUGAAAAUCAAUCUACAAGAACAUCGAACAAUGAAAGAGAGCCCAUCAGUUUCGUCAUCACAGGUUCCAAAUUAUUACGAUGAUCAUAGCCAUGAGGAGUUAAUGUUUGAUGAAGGGUAUGGUAAUUUUGUGUCGUUGCUUGAUCAUGAGAUGCCUUGCGCUUCUGUAGUUGAUGAGAGCAAUCUAAUGGGGUUUGAGAUGUCAAUGGAAAUGGAUAGUUUGAUGAUGAUGAAGGAUGCAGGUGAAGCUAAAAAGGAGAUGGAUUUGCUAGAGAUGAUUAUCCAACAAACCCAAUAUAAUUAAAUUAAGGAUUCAACCCUAAUUCUGCUGCCAGUUGAAUCCAUAUGCAAUGGAACUCAGUUGGAAAAUAGGGAUUCUGUAAGUAGGGGCUUUACUUUAUUAUCUCUGAUGAACUUAAAUUUAAAUUGGUAUUAUUGCUUUCUUUUCUUUUUCA